UCUCAUCGUUUCCAACGUCAUACAGUGAAAGAGAAAAAGAAACAUACACACAGAGAUUGAGAUAAAAUCGGAAUUUGGUUUUCAGGGAAAACAAAAUCUUUUGGUGGUAGUGGUGGAGGAAGAAGAGGGAUGGAUCUGUGGGCUGUGCAUCAUGUAAAGAACACGACCCGGACCCCUGUCUUUCUCAGGAACUCGUUUUCUGAGAAACCCAAUUCCUGGCACUUGGGAAAACCCAAUUCUUGUAGCGGAGCUGACUGUAAAGGCAAGGUCUUUGAGAUCAGGGUUUUGAGGAGACGCAGGAUUUCCACUUCUUCUUCUUCGUCCUUUGCUGUUAGAGCUAUGGCAAAGAAGAAUCAUGAAAAUUCCGGAAAUGGUGAUCGUUCUAUUCCAGAAGGAGAUGGGAAGAAAAAGAACAAUUCUUCUGAUGGAAACAAAUCCAAUGACACUGCUUCCAAUAAAUCUGAGCGUACAAGCUUGGACUGGAGAGAGUUCAGAGCGAACCUAUUUGCUCGGGAGCAGGCGGAAAAGGUUGAGACUGAUACUCACAACCAGGAUGUGAAGCCCCAUGAGUCCAAACCUCUUGGCCUUAAAUGGGCCCAUCCCAUUCCAGUACCUGAGACUGGCUGUGUCCUUGUUGCCACAGAAAAACUUGAUGGAGUGCGAACUUUCGAGAGAACUGUUGUUCUCCUUCUUAGAUCUGGAACCAGACACCCACAAGAAGGCCCGUUUGGGAUUGUCAUCAACCGUCCACUUCACAAAAAGAUCAAACACAUGAAACCCACUAAUCUUGAUCUAGCAACCACCUUUUCUGAUUGUUCCUUGCAUUUUGGGGGACCUCUUGAGGCAAGCAUGUUUUUGUUAAAAACUGGGGAAAAAUCAAAGCUUCCUGGAUUUGAAGAGGUGAUCCCAGGCCUGUGCUUUGGUGCUCGAAACAGUUUGGAUGAAGCUGCAGUGUUGGUAAAGAAGGGUAUUCUUAAGCCUCAGGAUUUCAGAUUCUUUGUUGGUUAUGCUGGGUGGCAGCUGGACCAAUUGAGAGAGGAGAUUGAAUCUGAUUAUUGGUAUGUGGCUGCUUGCAGCUCAAAUUUGAUUUGUGGGGCUUCAUCAGAUUCAUCAUCAGAAGGUUUGUGGGAGGAGAUAUUGCAACUAAUGGGUGGUCACUAUUCAGAAUUGAGCCGGAAGCCUAAGCAAGAUAUGUAGUUAUUGGAUGAGCCUAUGCUUGUUUACUAAAUAAAAACCAAUCGAAGAGUUGAAGGGAGACAUGUAAUCAAAUUAUUAGUAAAGCCAAUUGUACAGAAAGUUCUCUGGCUUUUCAAAUCAGUAGAUCUUCUUUCUGUUUCUUAAGCCUUUUGUUUUCCUUUUUCCCCCGGUUCUAUUUUAUUUUAUUUAUAAUUAGAGAACCUUAUAUGUUUUUGUAUGUAAUGAUACUCUUUAGGUUACCUCAUUGAUAAGAAGUUAAGCAAUUACAAAUAGCUUUGUAACA